AUGGGGAGAGAGAGAAGUGAUUAUCUAUCUAUCUAUCUAUCUAUCUAUCUAUCUAUCUAUAGAGAGGUAGACAGACAGACGAAGAAGUCAUCUAUCUAUCUAUCUAUCUAUCUAUCUAUCUAUCUAUCUAUCUAUCUAUCUAUCUAUCUCAUUGUAUUUUCUUUCUUUUUUCUUUCUUUGUUCCACAUUAUAUUUUUUUCUUUCUUUCUAUCACAUAAUAUUUUCCUUUUUUCUUUCUUUCUUUCUUUCUUUCUUUCUUUCUUUCUUUUUUCUUUCAUUGUACCACAUUAUAAUUUUUCUUUCUUUCUUUCGUUUUAUCCAUCUAUCACAUAUUUUCGUUCUGUCUUUCUUUGUACCACAUUAUAUUUAGUUUCUUUCUAUCAGAUUACAUUUUUUUCUUUCUUUCACAUUGUUUUCUUUUUUCUUUUAUUUAUUUAUCUAUCUAUCAAUGACAAUACAUUUUCAUUCUCUUUCUCUCUAUCUUUCUUUCUUUCUUUCUUUCUUUCUUUCUUUCUAUCGCAUUAUAUUUUCCUUCUUUCUUUCACCUUCUAUCUAUCUAUCUAUCUAUCUAUCUAUCUAUCUAUCUGUUAUAGUCAGGUAUCCUAUCUUGUGAAGCCUUUUCACACAAAAGCUGAAAAUAGUCUUAUUCGUGAUCCCGAUGGCUUAUUAAAAAGAUAA